AUGAAGAAAAAAAGUGAACAGGUAUCGAGUACUCAACGAAAAAAAAAGGCAACAAUUCGGAUUGUUAUAGAAGUGAUAAUUACUCUUAUAAUUCUCGUACCAGCUAUAUUAUUAUGUAUCUAUUGGAAACAAUUAAUUAUAAAUCACAUUUAUAAAGUAAUUGUACUUAAACCGAAUACAGUAGGUUAUGAUUCAUGGUUACAUCCACCAACAACUAUAACACGCGGUUAUCAUCUUUUUAAUAUAACUAAUCCUACUGAAAUAGUUACUAAUCCUUCUUCGACUACAGUACAUGUUAAAGAAACUCCAUCUUAUUCAUAUUCGUUAUCUUCGACUAAACAAGAUGUUCAAUGGUCAGCAGAUAAUAAAUCAAUUAGUUAUUCAAUUCAUCGAUUAUUUACUCGUCAUCCAACUCGAUUUGAUCCAACAUUUGUUAAUGAUACAGGUGUAUUUCUUGAUUUAGUUCGAGCUAUUUUUCGAACACAAUUUCAACUUAGAGCAACACAAACAUUCUAUGAUUUCGCUGGCAUGAAUACAUUUUAUCAUCGAAAUGCUGUUGAACAAUUAGAAGGAUUUACUUCGGAGUUAUUUCGAAUAGUUCAAGAUAAAAUGACUGGACCAAAUAAAGCUAAGUCAGGUUUUAUUUAUCGAUAUAAUGGUAGUCGAUCAUACAAUUAUACAAUUAAAGCAGGUUUGAUGGAAAAAGGACAAGUACUUGCUUUUGCUAGUGAAAAUGCUCCAUUUUCAUUUUCUUCACCAAAUUUUUAUGGUUUUCCAAUCUAUGAUGGUCUUACAUUUAUUCCAAUGCUUUUCGAUAAACCAUCAAUGAAUAUAUUUCAACCUGAUUUUUGUCGUCCACUUAAUGUUAAAUUUAAUAAAGUUCUAUCUAUGUUUGGAGGUAUUGAAGUCCAUGAAUAUGUUAUAAGAUUAGUUGAUUUAAAUCAAUGUACAAAUGACAGUGAUAUAAAUACAUGUCCAGAACUUGAUAAACUCGAUAUAUCGCAAUGUAUAUCUUCUUCACUUCCAAACAAUACUAUUUUCUUAUCAAAAGCACAUUUUUAUGGAAGUAGUAAUGAAACAAUCGAACAAAUGAAUAUUCAAGGAUUUACGCCAACACGUGAUAAACAUGAAGCAUUAAUUUAUUUUGACCCAUAUUCUGGUACACCAAUUCGUGCUCAUCAUCGUUUGCAACUCAAUAUUGAUGCUACUAUUGACCCAAUGAAAAAAUCAAUGUAUGGAGAUGGACUUGAACAGACAACACGUAAAAGUGUCAAACGUAUGAUACCUCUCGUAUGGAUAGAUCAAGAAGUUAAUGUCAAUGAUGCAACUAUUCGGAUGUUAAGAAUGGUUCAUCUUGCCGUUCGAUAUGGACAAGCAAUGAUCAUGAUAUUAGCUUUUGUCUUAAUCAUCAUUAUUAUUGUUAUUAUGGAAGUUAGUGCUAGACGAAAGGUUAAAAAUAAAAGAAUGGAACGUGACAAUGAUCCGAAAUCAGAAGCAUUACUUAAAAAAUAA